AUGCUUCUCUUUUUCAAUGCGUUCAGUUGGCUGGUUCUUUGUUCGGCCCGCCUAGCCUAUGCAGCGGUGGCAGUCGACUUUGUCUGUCUACAAGUCAUCUGGCGACAGGCUCGUAACGACGUCAGAAAGGUGUUCGGACAAACUAGUACAUCUGUUUCGUCUACCUCCUCCGUAUCCUUUCUCGCCUUCCAUCCGUCUUCAUUGUCCAGAUUGGCCGUCUCCGAAAGACUUCCCCCUCUUCAGGCAUUCGUCUAUCUUGUCUGUCUGCUCAGCCGUCCGACCGGAGCACUCCUCUGGGCUGUCGUGGCCCUCAAGGAGUGCCUACUUACGCAACUUUGGCGAGAUGAGCUGGCCGGCCAGGCGCCUAGGGCCCGACUGAAGGCGUGCUUUUGUGCCGCAGUCUUCUAUUGGGUCCAGGGCUGGACCACCUUCUAUCAGCAGGUAUUGAAACAGGAGCGAAGCCUGAUUUGCGUCGUGACAAUGUUUGCAUAA